AUUAGCUUUAAUCAACUAUAUAUGUCUUAUCCCUCAUCCCCCUCUUCUGUUGAAACUCAUCGUAACCUCGAUUUUAAACUUCUUUUACUGCAUAAAUGGUGGAACCAGAGGUAAAGAUCCUGAGCCUUUCAAUUCUCUCACCUGGUAGACCUGACAUUGUUCUUCCUAUUCCUGAAGAUGGAAACCCCAAAGGCUUGUGGUUUACUUUGAAAGAAGGUAGUUGUUACAGCUUGCGGUUUUCUUUCCAAGUCCACAAUAAUAUUGUUUCCGGCUUUAAGUACACCAACACUGUAUGGAAAACCGGUGUCAAAGUGGACAGCACAAAAGAGAUGCUUGGGACCUUUGGUCCUCAACAAGAGCCUUACACAUAUGAGAUGCCCGAAGAGACCAACCCUUCUGGAUUUUUUGCCAGAGGUUCAUAUACUGCGAGAUCAACGGUAAAUUCAGUUAAAUGA